CGGUUAGCAUGUAGCUAACGCUCGCUGUCCUCUGCCGAUCCACCGUGACAGUUUUCUUUCUACACAAGAGUUGCUGUUAACUUGUGAGGAGCUUUAGCGACUAAACUGUGACAUACCGAGUGUUAGAGUAAACAGAUUGAAGAAAAAAACGAGGGAGAGAGAAUUAUCGCCGUCGAAGAACCAAAACGAAACCCGGAAAAGACAAAGGAUAAACAGCUAUUCUACCAAUGGUUGUCUUUUAAUUAAUUUAUUUGGAAAUGUAAUUAAAAAAAUAAUCAGUUCUGUCUUGGUGUUAGUUAGAAUAUAGCUAUGUACAGAGUUAUCAGCACAAACUACACAGUAGUGAAAGUCGAUUUCACUUUUUAUUUAUUUUUUUUAAUCCACCUCAGUCGAGGAGCCUGAACUAUAAAGCAGGUUCAUUUCAAGAACUUAACCACUGGAUUUUUACUAUUAUUCCAAUGGCUUGUUCGCUCUCAAACUGGUUAAUUUGGAGAUAAAAAGUCAACAUGUGUAGCAGCGCUACCUUCUGACCAGUUAGUGGUUUUAGAUUAUUUAAAUGUUCAUUUAAUGUUGUCAUUUGUUUAAAAGAAUAACCGACUGAACGGUUGAUAUUUGUUUAACUCCAGUUAAGAGACAGCUGUAGAAAGACAGCAGAAUAUCCAGUAUAAACACCCUAAAGAGGAGAAUCAUAGAGCAGGAAUGUCUCAGAGGACGAGCCUUCAACCAGAUCAACCUGCAGCAUCCACAUCAGGCCUGGAGAGGACACAAGAGAGCCGGGUUCUCAAUGUUCAGCAGCUGGUGGUGAUUAAAGAAGAGGUUCCCUGGAGCUCUGGUCUGGACCAGCAGGACCCAGAACCUCUUCACAUAAAGGAGGAAGAGGAGGAACUCUGGAUCAGUCAGGAGGCGGAGCAGCUUCAUGGACAGACGGCGACUGAUAGCAGGUUCUUAUUCAGUGAUGUUACUGCGAGGAGUGAAGAUGAUGAACCUCAGUCCUCACAGCUUCAUCAGAUCAAAACUGAAAACAGAGAGACAGAACCUCCAACCUCCAGCUCAGCUGCACUGAUGAAAACAGAAACUGAUGAAGGGGACUGUGGAGGACCAGAAUGGGCUAGUAGCCCAGAUCCAAACAGUCUGUUCCCACCAGAUGCUGAUGAAAAGGCGUCAGGCUCCUCUGAGACUGAAGUUAGUGAUGAUGAUUAUUGGCAAAAAACUUCAGAUUUAGGACCUGGGACAGAAAACAGUGACAUUUGGAAAUGGAAAACGGCCUCAGAGUCUGUUUUAGAUCAGGAUUUCGCCGCUAACGCUGCUGAAAAACCCUUCAGCUGCCCUGACUGUGGCAAACAGUUUUUACACAAGCUCUAUCUGCAGAAGCACAUGGUCAUCCACGCGGCAGUCAAACCAUUUGCUUGUGAUGAAUGCGGGAAAAGAUUCAACCAAAAAAUACAUCUUAAAACACACAUGAUUGUCCACACAGGAGUCAAGCCAUUCAGCUGUGAAAACUGUGGAAAAGCAUUUCAUUCUAAGUUAAUUCUAAGAAGACACAUGAGGAGAGUCCACACAGAAGAGCACGAGAAACGGUUUGGCUGUGAUGUUUGUGGGAAAAGGUUUAGUGAGCGAGACAUUCUUUCAAACCACAUGAGAGUCCACACAGAAGAGAAACCUUUCACUUGCAGUGACUGUGGUAAAGGUUUCAAGUAUAAAUCAUAUCUUAAGGGACACACGAGACUCCACACGGGAGAGAAGCCGUUUAUCUGUGUUGAUUGUGGUAAAAGGUUUAGUGAUCAAGGAAAUCUUUCUAAACACACACAUGUACAUACAAGAGACAAACCAUUUGCCUGUAACAACUGUGGAAAAAGAUUCAAAUAUAAGUCCAACCUGAAGGGACACAUGAGAGUCCACACAGCAGAGAAGCCGUUUUCCUGUAGUGAUUGUGGAAAAAGAUUUAAAUAUAAGUCAUAUCUUAAGGGGCACAUGAGAGUCCACACAGGAGAGAAACCAUUUGCCUGUAAUUUUUGUGACAGGAGAUUUAACCAAAGCUCCUCUCUUAUUGCACACAUUCGAGUCCACACCGGUGAGAAGCCUUUCGGCUGUGAUGUUUGCGGUAAGAGAUUCACCGAACAAGGAAAUCUUUCAAGACACGUUAGAAUUCAUAAGAAAGAAAUCAGUUCAUUGUGACAUUCAUUGUGAAAGGUUUUCACUCUCUGUGAUCUGAAGAAACACCUGCAUGCACACAGUAGAGAAAAGUUUCAGACGUUGCUUCAGAAUGAGCCACCAGGUGGCAGCACCUUGCAGAAUUGGAUUAGAGAACAAGUGGUUAUAUUCUGGGGUGAUCUGGAUCACUGCCUGGAUCCAGGAUUUUUUUUAUUAUGGUGACAAUUUUGCCAUUAGAGCUUCUAACUCAUUGCCAAAAAAUGACAAUGUCUUGGCUUGUCUGUUCUCUCUGAGUGCUUCUCGUUUUAUGUGUAGUUAAUUUGUUCACUGUCAUGCUUAUUUUUAAGGUUUAUUUACACUGGUUAAGAUACUUUGCUGCUUAAGUGGUUUCAUAUUUAAACAAUUUCUUCCAACUGUUUCGACGUGAAAUGCGAGAUCGCUAGCUAACAAAAUGGACACUCAAGGUGCAGUUUUAUGUGCUCACUGAGACAUGGUUGCAGGAACGUGUUCCAGACUAAUGCACUGCUUUAAGGCUGUAAGAGCAGAUUGAGACAAUAAAGUUUGCAGAAAGCUGAAGGAAAGAGGAGUUUCAAUGUCACCCUGGACAUGUUACUGUAAAAGAGAAGACAUCAAACUGUUAGACUUUUCAUCCAGAUUAUCCAGCUGGUACCUCUACAGACAGCCUGUGCCAUCACCAGCUCAUCAUUGCUAAGCUGCAAACACAACAUCCUGAUGCAUUCAUGGCUGUCACCUUAAUGAAAUUAAAUAAAAAAAUAACUGAUAAACUUUAAGGGUGGAUAUAAUGUAAUAGUUUUAUUUCCCUUUUGUUAAAAUGUAUGCGUUAAUGUGCUCAGUUAAUACAGUUAAUUUGCUAGUAAUCUGUUUAAUUGAUUUAGUAUUCAUUUUUCUGCAACCCUCGUCUUUAUGCUCUGUAAAUGGUGACCUCAGGUAAGAGAUGGCCAGAGGCUUUCAUGAAGCAUCGAAUCUUUUCAUGGAAGUAGUUCACUAUAGACAAAGCUUUGUAUUAAUCUUUAUUUGCUCUAUUAAGCCAUCUACUGGAAAAAAAUUUAAUAUAUAGACGUUUCACAAGCGCGUUAUUGGCCUGGCACGUGUAUUUUUCCACUUCAGUAAAUGUACCUUUAAGAAAUAAUGAUAAUUAGAGAUGAUGGAAAUAAUGAAACUGGGUUGAUUACAGUAACUUUGGUAUUUAUCUUUGUUCAGAAAUGAUUCCUGAUUUGAUGCAGUAUGUCGGUUUUCCUUAACUAAGCUGUCAUUUAUUAUGAAUUGGCUCAAACUGAUUUGUCUGUAAAGUGUCCUGAGAUGAUGAUGUUGUAAAGUGAUGCUAUACAAAUAAAGAUAAAUUGAAUUAA